AUGGACAGCAAUUAUAUUGAUAACGAUUAUAUUAACGAUGAAGAAUUUAUAUCACAAGUUUUAGAGGAUACGGAAAAAACAACAUGGAUAAACGAUGAUGAUAAUGAUUUACAACCAUUUUUUCACAAAGUCGAUUCCGAUCAGGUUAUUUAUCAGAAGAAGAAAAAAUGUAAAAUGUUGGGCAAAUACGUUAUGGGUGAUUUAUUAGGCGAAGGAAGUUAUGGUAAAGUUAAAGAAGUUUUAGAUUCAGAAACACUUUGUAGAAGAGCUGUUAAAAUAUUAAAAAAAAAAAGGUUAAGAAAAAUAAUGAAUGGAGAACAAAAUGUUCAAAGAGAAAUACAAUUGCAAAAAGGUUUAGACAAUGUGCAUGUAAUUAAAUUAUUAGAAGUUUUGUAUAAUGAUGAAAAACAAAAAAUGUACAUAAUUAUGGAACAUUGUGUAGGAGGAUUACAAGGUUUAUUAGAAAGUACAGCAUCUAAAAAAUUGCCUAUAUGGCAAGCUCAUAAUUAUUUUUGUCAACUCAUCGAUGGUCUCAUAUAUCUACACAGUAAAGGAAUCAUUCAUAAGGAUAUUAAACCUGGAAAUUUACUUUUAUCACUCGAUGGUACGCUUAAAAUAUCAGAUUUCGGAGUCGCAGAGGCUCUUGAUAUAUUUGCUGAAGAUGAUACUUGUUACACUGGUCAAGGUACUCCAUCGUUUCAACCUCCUGAAAUUGCAAAUGGUGCCAUAAAAUUUUCCGGUUUUAAAGUUGAUAUUUGGAGCAGCGGUGUCACACUAUACAACAUAACAACUGGGAAAUAUCCAUUCGAAGGUGAUAACAUAUAUAAAUUAUUUGAAAACAUUGGAAAGGGAGAUUUUACAAUUCCGGAUGAAUUAGAGGGAAAUAUUUGCUCAUUGCUUAAAGGAAUGUUGCACAAGGAUCCAGAUUUGAGAUUUUCAUUGCAACAAGUUAAAAAUCACAGUUGGGUCAUAUGCAAACCACCAAACAGUUUAGAAUAUGUACCAAUACCAUCUUCGAAAGGUGAUGAAAAACAUUCAAUGACAACUCUUCAGUACCUGAUGGAAUUACAUUAUUGUAAUGAUGAGGGAAAUAAUAAUUCUCCUCGUGAAAAUUCGCCAUAUGAGACUGAAUACGUCGUCGAGCAAGACGUUAUGAACACGUCGAUAAAUAGUUCAAUAGGUGAAGAGAAAAAACACAAAGCCAAAUGGAGACCGAUGCCAUGUGUAAACGUAAGCAAAUUAACAUCAUGUAAACAAUCAUGA